AUGGUGUUCGCAGGGAAGCUGUCCUCGACAUGGACAGCUUACUUUGCAGCUCUGUCAACCCUUUCAGGCCUGAUUGCGCCAGCAGUUGCGGUCAAGGAGCACGACUUCAAGAAGUGCGACCAGGCGGGAUUCUGCAAGCGCAACAGAGCAUUCGCCGAUAAUGUCGUCGCCGCCGGCUCUUCAUGGGAGACACCCUACAAGAUCCUACCCGAGACUACCUCGUUCAAGGAUGGACAGUUUCAAGCGACCGUCCUGAAGACCAUCAACGCCCAGGGCGAGACUGUCAAGCUCCCUCUGACGAUCUCUUUCCUCGAAUCCGGCACUGCUCGAGUCACGAUGGACGAGGAGAAACGACAGAAGAAGGAGAUUGAACUUCGAAACGAUAGCAAGGCGCGCAAGGAGCGAUACAACGAAGCCGAGAACCUGGUCAUUGUUGGCGGCUUGACCCUCGACAAGGACGCCCAACUCGCCAACGAGGAUAAGACCGAGGCCACUGUCAAGUACGGACCGUCGUCCAACUUCGAGGCACACAUCAAGUACGCCCCAUUUGCUAUUGACUUCAAGCGCGAUGGCGUCUCCCAGAUCAAGUUCAACGAUCGAGGCUUCCUCAACAUGGAGCACUGGCGACCCAAGAUUGACAAACCCGAGCCGGAGAAGAAGGAGGGCGAAGAGAACCAGGAAGAGAAGAAGGAAGAACCGACCGGUGAGGACGAGAGCACCUGGUGGGACGAGACUUUUGGUGGCAACACCGAUACAAAGCCUCGUGGCCCCGAGAGUGUUGCCCUCGAUAUCACCUUUGUUGGCUUUGAUCACAUCUAUGGUAUCCCUUCGCACGCAGGCCCUCUUGCGCUCAAGCAGACUCGUGGUGGAGACGGCAACUAUGUCGAGCCUUACCGUCUGUACAAUGCCGAUGUCUUUGAGUACAUCCUGGACAGCCCCAUGACCCUGUACGGUGCCAUCCCUCUGAUGCAGGCUCACCGAAAGGAUUCGCACGUUGGCGUUUUCUGGCUCAACGCAGCCGAGACCUGGGUCGAUGUUACCAAAGCCAAGGACGCCACGAACCCUCUGACCCUAGGCAUCGGAGCCAAGACCAACACCCAGACUCACUGGAUCUCCGAGUCUGGGCUUCUGGAUGCGUUCGUCUUCCUCGGACCUACCGCCCAGGAUAUCACCCACAAGUUUGCCGAGCUCACGGGCACCACUGCCAUGCCUCAGGAGGCCUCCAUCGCCUACCACCAGUGCCGCUGGAAUUACAUCUCGGACGAUGAUGUCAAGGACGUCGACCGCAAGAUGGAUAGGUACAAGAUUCCCUACGAUGUCAUUUGGCUGGAUCUCGAGUACACCGACGACCGGAAGUACUUCACAUGGGCUGGAGACAUGUUCAAGGACCCCAAGUCCAUGGGCGAGAAGCUCGACGAGCAUGGCCGAAAGCUUGUGGUUCUCAUUGACCCUCACAUCAAGAACGUCGACAACUACCAUGUGUCCAGCGAGCUCAAGUCUAAGGAAUUGGCGGUCAAGGACAAGACCGGCGGCAUCUUUGAGGGCUGGUGCUGGCCGGGCUCCUCGCACUGGAUCGACGCAUUCAACCCCAAGGCAAUUGACUGGUGGAAGACUCUUUUCAAGUACACCGCAUUCAAGGGCACCGCCGAGAACACGUUCAUCUGGAACGAUAUGAACGAGCCCUCUGUCUUCAACGGCCCCGAGACUACUAUGCCCAAGGAUAACCUGCAUCACGGCGGGUGGGAGCACCGUGACGUCCACAACGUCAACGGCAUGACUUUCCACAAUGCUACGUACCAGGCUCUUCUGAGCCGAAAGUCUGGCGAGCUCCGACGACCCUUUGUGCUUACUCGCUCCUUCUUCGCAGGCUCUCAGCGAUACGGUGCGAUGUGGACUGGCGACAACCAGGCCGCCUGGGACCAUCUGGGCGCUUCUAUCCCCAUGAUCCUAAGCCAGGGAAUCUCCGGCUUCCCCUUCUCCGGUGCGGACGUAGGAGGAUUCUUCGGCAACCCGGACAAGGAGCUUCUGACUCGGUGGUACCAAGCUGGCGCUUUCUACCCCUUCUUCCGUGCUCACGCUCAUAUCGACUCUCGCCGCCGUGAGCCCUACCUCGUUGGCGAGCCGUACCUGCCUAUUGUGACGGCGGCGAUCCGUCUUCGGUACAGCCUCCUUCCCGCCUGGUACACCGCCUUCCACCAGGCGUACGUGGACAACACGCCGAUCGUGAAGCCCAUGUUCUACACGCACCCGUCGGAGGAAGCCGGCUUCGGCAUCGACGACCAGCUCUUCCUCGGCGACACGGGCCUGCUCUUCAAGCCCGUCGUCGAGCAGGGCAAGGAGUCGGUCGACAUCUUCAUCCCCGACGACGAGGUCUACUACAACUAUUUCACCUACGACGUCGCGCCCACCCACAAGGGCAAGAAGACGACGCUCGCGGCGCCGCUCGACACGAUCCCGCUCCUCAUGCGGGGCGGGCACAUCUUCCCGCGCCGCGACCGGCCCCGCCGGUCGAGUGCCCUGCAGCGCUUCGACGACUACACGCUCGUCGUCGCCGUGCCGCGGCAGAGGGGCGGCGGCAGGGCCGAGGGCACGCUGUACGUCGACGACGGCGACUCGUUCGACUUUGAGAAGGGGCAGUACAUCCACCGGAGGUUCGUGCUCCUCACAGGCGACGACAGCGCCGCCGGGCAGCGCCUGGUCUCGACCGAGGCCGAGGCCCGUCCUGAUGCGGGCAAGGUCAAGGAGGGCAAGUGGCUGAAGCAGAUGCGCGACGUGCACGUCGACAAGGUCAUUGUCGUCGGCGCGCCGGCGUCGUGGGCUGGCAGGAAGGAGGUCACGGUCGAGUCGGAGGGCAAGACGUGGACUCUGGGCAUGGAGUACGUGCCGGCUGAGGGCGGGCGGGCGGCGUAUGCUACGGUCCGUGGCGUGGGCGCGAGGAUCGGGGCGGACUGGACUAUUGCCUUUGCAUAA